AUGAUGGAGGAAAUCGACCGAUUCCAAGUGCCCAAUGCUGUGCAGGAGGCGGAGAUGCAAGCGGAGAUGCAGCCGCUGGACCCAACCUCAUCUACGACUUCUGAGGCCGACUCAGAUACGAGAGAGGGGGAACCCGUUACAAUCAACUACAAGCCGUCCCCUCUGCAGAUGAAAAUAGAGAAACAGAGAGAUCUGGCCAGGAAGGGCUCCUUGAAGAAUAGCAACAGUGUGGGCAGCCCAGUCAACAAUCAGCCUAAGAAAAACAACGUCAUGGCCAGAACACGGUUGGUGGUGCCCAACAAAGGCUAUUCCUCUUUAGACCAGAGUCCCGAUGAGAAGCCCUUGGUUGCAUUAGACACAGACAGCGACGAUGACUUCGACAUGUCAAGAUACUCGUCGUCAGGAUACUCCUCUGCUGAGCAAAUCAACCAAGAUCUCAACAUCCAGCUGUUGAAGGACGGUUACCGUUUGGACGAGAUACCGGAUGACGAGGACCUGGAUCUGAUCCCACCCAAAUCGGUCAACCCCACUUGCAUUUGCUGCCAGGCGGCGCCCUCCACCACCUGUCAAAUCCAGUAA